AUGCAAGAUGUUGAAAAAUAUGGAAAUGACUAUCACGAUGAUGAUGAUAGUAAGUAUAAAGACGAUGAAACAUGUCCCGAAUGCAAGGAUGAUGGAAUAAGAUGCGGAUUUGGAGAGAUAUUUUGUAUCGAAGCAAUGAGGUGUGUUACAGAAAAUGGAUAUUGUCCUUUACCAGACUGUGGCAGUUCACAAAAGGUUUGCUACAUUGAUGGUGGCUUCCAAUGCGCACCGUCCUGUCUUUAUGCAAAAUUUAUAAUAUCUAUGGAUGGCAAUUUCUUUGACAUUGUCGGAAGAAAUUACGAAAAUUACAAUAGCGUUAAGAAUACUCUGACACAACAGCUGGCUGCAGCACUUGGAGUAGAACAAAAUGAUAUCAUUGAGACUUAUCUGUGGAAUGGUAAAUAA